AUGCUUGAGCUACAGAGACAUUAUGUGAUACCACAUAUCUUACACAAGGCUCCAGUGAGUAAGGAUUCCAAGCACAUCUUCUUCUCCAUGGUCACCAUGCCCAAGAUUUUGGCUGGCUUCCUCUCAGGGCACCAGGCUAUCUCCUUCACCAGCUGCCUGGAGCAGCUCCAUUUAUUCCACUUCCUGAGCAGCACUGGAGCCGUGCUUCUGGCCAUCAUGACCUAUGACUGCUAUGUGGCCAUCUGCACCCCACUGUGCUACACAGGGGUCAUGAGCCCACGGGUGUGACUGCUCAUGGCAGCGGCCUGGUCCAGUGGCUUCCUGAAUGCGCUGAUGCACACAGUUAAGAACUACCGGCUGCACUUCUGCAUCCACCACUUCUUCUGUGACAUCGAGCCCCUGCUGAGCCUGGCCUGUGGCAGCAUCCGCCUCAACCUGAGCCUUUUCAACAUCAUCACCGGGGGCAUCAUAGUCAUCCCCUUUAUCCUCACGCUCCUCUCCUACCUCUACAUUGUCUCCUUCCUCUUCCUGAAGGUACAGUCAUGGGAGAGCAGGAGGAAGGCCUUCUCCACCAACACCUCCCACCUCACGGUGGUGACUUUAUUUUACAUGCCUGGUAUCUUUAACUUAGUACUUCCAUCUCUGGAGGAUACCCCAGAGCAGAACAUGAUAGUCAUCCUCAUGUAUAGCAUCAUCACCUCAGUCCUGAACCCCCUGGUCUGCACCCUGAGGAACUGGGAGGUGAAAUCUGCCCUGAAGAAAAUAUUAGGAAGGAAACUGUUCCCUGAAGGACAUGAAUAA